CAACCGUUCCUUCAGAGUUGAUACCACAAAGCUCCAGCACAGGUACCAACAACUACAGCGUCUUGUCCACCCAGACUUCUUCAGCCAGAGGUCUCAGACUGAAAAGGAUUUCUCAGAGACACAUUCGACCCUGGUGAAUGAUGCCUAUAAGACCCUUCUGGCCCCUCUGAGCAGGGGACUGUACCUUCUAAAGCUCCAUGGAAUAGAGAUACCAGAAGGGACAGAUUAUGAAGUGGACAGACAAUUCCUUAUGGAAAUAAUGGAAAUCAAUGAAAAACUCACAGAAGCUCAAACUGAAGCCACCUUAAAAGAAAUUGAAUCCAUUGUCAGAGCUAAACAGAAAGAAUUUACUGACAAUGUGAGCAGAGCUUUUGAACAAGCUAACUUUGAAGAAGCCAAGGAAAAUUUAACAAAGAUGAAAUAUUUUUCAAAUAUAGAAGAAAAGAUCAAGUUAAAGAAAAUUCCCCUCUAAUUGUUGCUAAAGUUUUAAAAAUAAAGUUUCUGCCGGGCACAGUGGCUCAAACC